CAACAAGCUUGUUCAAUUGUGUAACUUGAUCAAGCUUAUAAAAAACUAAAAUGUGUUUUUCAGCUUUAGUAUUAACAUUUUAGAUAUAACAGCUGAUCAUUUGUAAUGUUAAAAGUAUGUGUUAAAUUUAGCAACACUUACUGAUGGAGCUGCAUUUUGCAGCUUAAUAAACAAUUGACACCACAAGGUAAAAGUAAAUCCAAUACAAUUAUUUUAUCUUGCUCAGACUUUGCACACAGGACCAGUUAAAUUAACGUUUUUAGUAAAAUACUGAUAAUCAAAAUGUUCAGAUAACAAUAUUCUGUUCUAAAUCACAAUUUGAUUGAUUAUAAAAUGUGACGGCGGGUUCUGAGGGGCUCACAAACAAACAUGUUACGUUGUAUUUUGCUGAGAACAGUCGUGUGCUUAUGACUUUUCUUCCUGUUCAAGUUAAUUUACAGGAAACUAUCAGUAACAUACAUACUGUAUAUAUAAGGAAUCGACAUGUCUGUGGGAUAAAGUGUCUUUACAAUAAUAUAAAACCAAACUGUCUGAAAGAAGAGGGGAAGGUUUUAAAUGUGUUUGUGGCUCGCUCUCAUGUUGUGAACAUUUCCUGAACUUGAAUCAUAACCUCAUGUAUCUCUGUCCGUUUACCACCUGUUCACUCCGACUGUAAACUGACCUGGGGAAGAGGGAAAGGGAGCGAUGGAGAGCAGCUAAAGUAGUUGGUGUGUACCUGACCAGCACUGGCCAUGCAUCAUUCAUGGACAUGCAUCAUUGAUGGUGUCCGCUGCCCGCAGCUUAGAGCCAUACAGUCCCCUCUUCAUUCAACCCCCGAGGCCUGCAGGCGGUCAGAUGAUCGGUCCAGGUGCGACUCACACUCGGACACCCAUGAGUGGCACAGCUGGAGAUGCACCUCCCACCGCCGUGAUCGGCCUUGGUUUGGACAUUGGUGGACCCUGUCAUGUCCAGAAGAGUGGGACUCUGGUUCGGACUUGUCUGCUCACCAGCUCUGUGCACCCACCGCCACCAGCGGGAGGAGGAAACCGGGGCAGCAGAGCUCCUCUGAGGCUGCCGUCUCUGAAAGCAUCAGCCAGGGGGCGAGGCAGGAGAGGCAGCAUGGCUCGUCUCAGCCUCAGUGAACCAUCUCUGCUCACGCUCAAUGAGAACAUCCACUUUGAUGGAUUCUCCAACAUCCAGUGGCCCGGUGUUUUACAAAAGCGACAUCCUCCACCUCCUCCAACGUUCUCCAAGUCACCAGGACUGCUCUCCUCUAAGACCUGGCAUCCACCACUAUCCAGCAGCCAGAACUGCAGCAGCAGACCUACAUCCACUUACAUCCACUUCUCCCAGGCCAUUCAGCCCAGCACCAGGUCACGACGUCACUCCCACAACCGGACCCUGAGUGUGGACACAGCAACGCAGCUGCGUGACUUCUCAUCUCAGAGGGAGCUUCUGUCUGUCAUAGGGAAGCCAUGUCUUCCUAGCUGCAGUCAACGUUCAGCUCCAGGUCCAGCUCCAGGUCCAGCACCAGGUCCAGCUGCUGGUCCAGGUCGCACUCAGCUCCAUGUGUUUCUGCCCACAGAGGUGGAAGGAGAGGAGGUGGACAGUGAGUCUGUGGAUGAAGGUUUCAUGGAUGAGCUGGACAGUAAGAUAACCUCUCUGAAGCUCCAGUAGGGGGCACCAAAGACUCUCACACACCACUGAUAGGUUUACCACCUGCUGUUGUUGUUGUAUGUGGACAGAUGUAGCAUAUGUUCAAAAGAAGAGAAACCACACUGCUGCAGCAAACUGUGAUGUUAAAGCAUGUUUCUGGCUCUGUGGACACUGGUUGUGUGAAAGAACCCUGACAUGAAUCUGAUCUGGGUCUCAUCAGUGUUGGACCUCACCAUUGUUCUUCAAUGAAGGAACAAAUCCCUGCAGUCAGGUUUCCCAAAAUCUGCUGACACAAACAUCAGAGAGUAGCAGAGGUUGUUGCAGUCACAUGUUUUUGAAAUGAGCUACUGACGACGUAUAUAUAUAUGUAUGUAUGUAU